GUCUUCCUCGUCGCCUCGCCUUCCCCAAUUCGUCCACCAGCCACUCCCAAACCCUCCUCACCAUGGCUGCGCCCUCGCCCUGGGCGAAUCUCUCACCCGAUCAAGUGUCCGAGAUCGCCCGCCGCGUCCCGUGCGAAUGGGACCGCGCCCACAUGGCCUUCGUGUGCCGCUCAUGGCGCGCGGGGCUCGCAGCUUCUCCGCCCCCGCCGCCGCCGCUCCCGCGGCUCCUCCUGCCGUCCGACGACUUCACUCGCGUAUCCUGCAUCCUUAGCGGCUGCAGCAUCCACGAGGGGUACGACGACCCGUUCGGCCUGCGCUACCUCGGCUCGUGCGACGGCGGCUACCUCUUCCUCGCCAAGCAGAGUCGCCGCCACCGCCUCAUGGGCCUCCUCCAGGGAGGAGGGCGGCACAUCCACUUGCUCCCCGACGUGGUCUGCCCCCGCUACCAACCGUCGGUCCAGCACGUCCACAGCAUGGUCAUCCUCGCCGCCGCCCUCUCGUCCGCGCCCGAUGUCCCAGGCUGCCUCGCCGCCGGCAUCGUCACCUAUCAGCGGGACGUCGACGGACCUCGCCAGCGCCGCUGCGCGUUCUGGCGCAUCGGUGAUGGGGUGGCCUUCGACACCAAGCCUCUCUACAUGACGGAACAUGUGGAGGACGUCGUGUACCGCGAUGAUGGGUUCUUCCAUUUUCUCACCGACGAGGAGCACAUCCUCGCGAGCGCGCCGACCUUCUUCCAGGACGGGGACGAGCCGCUGCGGGGAGUAUCGCUCUCCUCGACGUUACGCCGCUGCGUGCCCAGGGACACCAGUCGUGACGGUUUCGUUCGUGCUCGCUACCUUCUGGAGUCCCGCGGCGAACUGCUCAUGAUCGUCAGGUUCGCUCCCGAUCCUGAUUCGCCAACGUCGGGGUUCAAGGUGUUCAGCCGGAUUGGACCGCUGGCGCUCGAGGACGACGGCAGCGGCGCCAUGGUUGGGCACCCCUAUAUCUGGAACGAGCUGGACUCGCUGGGUGGCCGGAUGCUGUUCGUGGGGCGAGGCUGCUCCAGAUCCUACGAAACGGCCGACUACCCGGGGUUCAAGGACGGCAUCUACUUCUCGGACGAUCGGAGCUUCUACGACGAGCAGAUCAUGUUCCGCGGUGUCGACGAGAGGCAGUACCCCUGCAGCGACACCGGCAAGUGGACGCAAGGGCCGCCUCCCAAUGUCGAGCGCUUCUUCCCGGAGCAGGGCCCAUCGAACCACUCUUCUCCGGCUUGGCUUCUCCCUUAGACGGCGGCAGGUUUUUUGCUACCACCCUCUCUACCUCCAUUCGAUCAGUCUGUGAUGUUGGAGCGCAAUAGAUGAUGCGAGCGUUCCUCGGUGCUGAUCUAGCUAAUUUCUGCUGUGACCUUGCCUUGUUCAGAUGAGACGAUUGCUGAAACUUGAUAUCAUUGCCGUGCCUUGCGGUUCUAUA